AUGAAUGGAGAUGAUAAAGAAAAUGAGGAAACUGAGGUGAAGAAAUAUUUAACGGAACGAUGUUCUGACAGAAAAGUACAACGUUAUGAUGAUGAAGUAAUCGCGUGUGAAGUUAGCGAUUUUGUUCGCGAAGUAGUCGAAGCUGUCGCCUACACUGUCGAGCGUUUGAAAACUUCGUCCAGACGUGGAAAACAUGCCCUUGAUGAGAUAAUUGAAAUAAGUGAUACAGACUCUAUUAAUGGAAAUCCUCGCAAGAAAGAGGCACAUGGACCUGUGCGUCGAUAUCGAAAAGUAACAGUAAAGCAGUUCGCUGAACAAGAAAAAAGGAUGAGAGAACGGAGAAGGAUUGCUGCAGAGAAAAUGAAAAAUCGCGAAGCUGCUAUAGAAGGAGAAAAUUUGAAAAAAGAAGCGCAGAAGGAAAGAGAGAGGCGGAAAAGAGAACAAGAAGAAUGGAAAGAAAAGAAGCAUAAGGAGAAUCUGCAGAAAAGGGAACUUAGAAAAAAAGAAAAAGAAGAGAAAAAAGAGCGAAAAAGAUUGGAAGAGGAAAUCAGAAAACAAAAGAAGGAAAAAGAAGAAGAAGAGCGUAAAAGAAGGCGAAGAAACGAAGAAGAAAGACGUGAAAAGAAGAGGAGAAAAGAGGAGGCGCUGGAACUUAAAAAGAAACGUCAAUCGGAUCGUUUCCUUUCGUUUUUUGACAAGAGAAGAAAGACAGGAAGAGAGUCUGAAGCAGUACAAACAUCAUCAGUGCUUAAUAUCUUACCGUUUUUUUGCAAACAAGGAGUGUCACUUGCACCAGUGUUUCGACGCAAGCCGUUGUCGAAAGAAGUUCAUGAUAGUCUGCUAGUGGAAAUACAGCCAGUCGAAAGGCUAUAUCUAUCAACGAUUAAACCUCGCGCAGUUGAGAAAGUAAAGCUAAAUCGAUCCAAACUAUUUCAAUUUCAUGAUAACUUGAGGCCUCCUUAUUACGGAACAUGGAGGAAAAAAAGCGGUGUUAUAACAGGCAGGAAACCUUUCGCCAAAGACACAGAGUUAUUAGACUAUGAAGUGGAUUCAGACGAGGAGUGGGAAAUUCCAGAAGGUGAUGACUGCGAUGAAAGUACAAUGAGUGAAGAAGAGGAGGAUUCUGAUCAAUCAAGCGACAGUGAUGGUUUCAUAGUACAGCAUGGAUAUCUGUCGGAAGGUGAAGGUGAAGAUGAACAAGAUCGUCUUGAACGUCGUGAAGACACUUAUAAACGUGCAGAACGUCUCCAGGCUGUGGCAAAUGAAUGGAAGCGUAGUCUUGAACAAAAAUCGAAGAAGUUUAACAAACCCUUAAUUCCAAUUUUAUGGGGACCACACUUUAAACUACCGACGAAAGAUGUUCCUAAGGAAGUAGAAGAAGCGGCGUUUUUCGAAUAUUCGGAUGAUAGUGAUGUUAUUGAGGAUUACUACGAUGAUAAUGAUGGUGAUGGCAGUAGUGAUAGUUGUCGUGAUGACAUCUAUAUCGAAGAUUGA